AGUAGCCCCCCUGUAGGCUCAAGUUUUGAGAACUCCGAGGCUCGGCGGCGCGUUGGCUGUGCUGGCCCCCGCGGGAGAAGAAGCCAUGGCCGGGAGGGCGGCGGCGGCUGCGGCGCUCGCGUGCUGCGUGGCGGCUGGGCUCUGCGGCGUCGGCUUCGUCCCAGCCCAGCGCUGCAGGGCGCGCCCCUCGCCCGGGCCGCGGGCGCCCCGUCGCCCGCGGCCGGCGCCGCGGGCUCAGCGCACCCGCAGGGCGCUGGCUCGUCCGCCGCGGCGGCCACGGCGGGGGCCGCCUGCCUCCUGGGUGCGGGGGCCGCCUUGGUGGCCUCGCGGCAGCGCCGCCGCGGCGCCGCGCAGAGCCUCACCGCGCGCCGCUUCUUCGGCGGCGGCCGCGCGCCCGAGGCGAAAGACAUCACCAAGAAGGUCUUCUUCGACAUCAGCAUCGGCGGCCAGCCCGCCGGGAGGAUCGUCUUCGGCCUCUACGGCGACGUGGUCCCGAGGACCGUGGAGAACUUUGCCUCGCUGUGCUCCGCCCUGCCCGGCGAGGGCUACAAGAAUGUUCCCUUCCACCGCAUCAUCCCCGGGUUCAUGUGCCAGGGCGGUGACUUUACGAAUCCAGUGGCAAUCGGGGGGAGGAGCAUCUACGGCAACAAGUUCGAGGAUGAAAACUUCGACCUUGAUCAUACCAAGCCUGGCCUGCUGAGCAUGGCGAACGCCGGCCCGAACACCAACGGCUCCCAGUUCUUCAUCACCACGGCCGUCACGGACUGGCUCAACGGCAAGCACGUGGUCUUCGGUGAGGUGGUCGAGGGCAUGGACGUGCUGCAGAAGAUGGAGAGCAUGGGCAGCCAGAGCGGCCGCACGAGGCAGGAGGUCGCCAUCGCGGACUGCGGCCCGGCGUGAGCCCGCCGAGGUCCACCCCGCGGGCCGCGGGCGCGCGACGCCUUCGCUGCCGCGCGCCCUCCCCCUCGGCUGGGCGGCGACCCCUUGCCUCAGGCGAUCGCAGGCACGGAUCCGGGGGGCGUGGAGCAGCGACGGGCCCCGUUUCCGUGGGAAGCCGCGGACUUCCGCCGGCGAGCGAGGCGGCACCGGCCGCAUUCUGGGGAGGGCACCUCCCCCGAGCCAUGGAGCUGGCGACCCCGCGCCGAAUCCAUGGAUCGCUAAUCCAUGUUGGCGCGCCCCCGAUCCUCGGCCGCCCUCCGGCCCUCCGGGAAGCAGCCCGUGCCUUUGGCGAAGGCUCGGAGCACUUCUGGGAGGGCCGGCGGCCUGCCAAGCCUUCUGCGAAGGCCCGGCCCCCCCCGUCGCGUCGCUUCCCCCCUCCCGUCGGGGAUGCGCAGGGCUCGAGCAUAAGGGGGAAGGGCGAGGCUCGGGCAAGAAGCCCGGCGCUCGGGCUGGCCGCCGUUCUCGGGGCCUAAGAGACGGGGGUCAGUGCAAACGGGGGUCAGCCAGGGCACCAGAUCCUGCAGGAUCCUGCGAAGGCCCC